AUGGAGAACUAUGAUAAAAUGAUUUAUGGUAAACCUAGUGAUUAUGUUACAUGGGAACCGUCAAAAUUUAAAAAUGACCAGCCAACUGAUUUCAAGAAAACAAUGAAUUUUGUCAAGAAUGAAAAUGAAAAUUGUUCAAAUGAAUCAGCAGAUAAAUCCGAACACGUAAAUGAAACAGAAACAAAAACUGAAACUGAAACUGAAACAAAAACAGAACCAGUUAAAACAUCCAUAGAGGAGAUAGAGGAAAGUUCACUAAAUUCUGAUUCUGUUAACAACACUAACUGUUCUAGUUCAUGUGCAGAGUCAGUAAGAACAGAAGAGAAGUCUAAAGAGGAUGAUGAAUCACAUCAAUGUGUUGCUAAUAAUGUUAUUUCUGAUAAAAAUGACCUUUAUGCUUGGAACUAUGUUUUUCUUGGUUUACUGAGACUUAGGGUGUUCCCACUAAAAACUAAAACUGAUGAAUCUGGUGCUGUUAUUUUAGACUAUGGUUGUGAUAAAAAUGGUUAUGUUGAAAAUGUGGAAGAUGUCUUGACAGGAGAGCCUGAUGUGUCGACUGAUGAACUAGAGUCAUCUAUUUCAAGUGAUUCACAAAUCAAUUCUGAUGAUUCGGGCAAGUGUUCUGGUACGCCUGAAACAUCAGAAACUCCAAAUAAAGAUGAAAAACUUGAUGUUUUUUAUUAUGAUAAUGAAGAAAUUGUUGAACAGUGGUCAUCUGACGAGCCUGACAAUCAAACAGAAGAUUCAGGAACAUCAGAUAAUGAGCAUAAAUCUUCCAAAGAUUCAGAUUGUGAUGAACAAUCAGAAUCCAGCAGCAUUGCGACAAAAGAAAGUCAAACUGUCUUAGACAUAGACUGCUCAUCAUCUGACAAACCAGAAUCAUCUAAUGUCAAGGACUCAGAGGUUGAUAAAGCUGAAGAAGAUAUAUCCAUAGAGUCCAAUUCUGUAGAAGUUCAUGGAACACGGAGACUAUAG